UACAGCCAUUCUCCAGUCUCGACUCGACGACACUCGGAACUAGAAGUGGUAAAAAAAAGUGACGGUCUUUUCUCGGUCGAACGGUCAAAUCCGGAUAUUGCGGUGUGAAAAUCCGGAAAACGCGACUAGAGCCCUUGCUCGGUUAACUAGUUUCUUCUGCUUGACAAUAUUCGCGAUCGGUGUGACGACGGCCUAGGUGAUCUGGUGAAAGUGAGAAACCCCGGCAGGAGGCGGAAGGUUUUUUCGGUGCUGAACGUGGCCGCCUCCGGUGUAUCAGUUGGAUCCAAUUGAAUGGAUCAUUUGUAGUUGUGCUGAUGAUCGAAAAUCGGAUCAAAUGUGAUUCACAGUGCACUUCUAAGCCCUGCCUAGUGAUGCAAUUUUGAUGUUGCAGGCGCAGCAGGCAAUUACACCGGAUUCGACAGGUCAUAAUCGAUGCUUACUGAUUGAGAUGAACUAGACAAACAAGAACGGCAUCAUCAACAACUACACGGUCCCACGCACUAAAUCAAUUUCACGUGUACCCACAAAAUCGCAUAUCGAUUGGCGAUUCCCGUAUUGUGAACUGUGCCCGCCUUUUUGGUGGAAAAGUGGGACGGGAUGUGUCGCCGAAAAGAAAUUCAUUUGCGGUGAUGUGUUCGAAUUGAUCGGAUUGGAGACAGCGUAGGUGCGAUUUAUGCUUCGCGGGUUCCAUUGAUGCGCUGUGCAAUUUCCAGACGGAUUGUUUGUUCAGAAGUACUGAAGAAAAAUCGAAUUGCUAGGAUCGAUUAGUUCAAUUAAGAGGCUCAAAGCGUUCAGCGAAAUGGAUAGCAAUUAGUGAAGCAAGAAAAAAAAGGCAGCCUUCAAUCGCCUAAGUGUCAAGGGAUGUGUCCAAAGGUAUCCUCAAAUGAAAUAUUGCUUUAUUGCAGCACGUUGUGUACGCCAGUUAAGGAAGAGAGAAGAAAAGUCCAGUUGUUAUAUAAAAUAGUGUUAAGAUCCUACUAAGAAGAAUUAAGCAGAGUCUAGUGUAAGUGUAAAUCAAGAAAUAGUAUCGUCAAAGCGGUACUUGCAAAAAAUAUAAGUGAUAACGGAUAAAAGCUAAAUCGGCCAAACGGAAACGGCAGAAGGAUCGGUCAGUGCUUGUGAUUGUUAAGUGCGUCGUGCAAAAAUCAGAACGACACGACUUCAUAUUAGGAAAAGAGGCACCCGCCAACAAGAAUUAGCAAAACACACGCGGCCGCUGUAUGCGUGCGCGUGUGUGUGCGUGAGAGGUGCCUGUGUCCGUGAGUGUGUGCGUAUGAAUGCGUCAGAACCAAACCAUCAUCAACAUCGUCUGCUGAAAGUUUAAACAAUAACACAACGUUUCCAGCAACUACAACCACAUUCAAUAAGCAACAACUGCAGAAAGCAUACCCCACGCGCUCUCCACGAACAUCCCUUCUUCCCUGGAUCACGAAUUGACAGCAGCUAAGUAAGAAACAAAGCAAAAAGAGUAACAAUGUCGUCCGGGACAUUCGUCGACCGAAUCGAUCCGUUCGCCAAACGUUCGCUCAAAAAGAAGGGUAAAAAAUCUCAGGGUUCAUCGCGGUACAGGAGUUCGCAGGAUGUGGAACUGCAGCAGCUGCCGUCGCUGAAAGUGGACUGUUCCAGCCUAGAGCAGGAGGAGCUGUUCAUCCGGAAGCUACGGCAAUGCUGCGUUUCGUUCGACUUCAUGGACCCGCUGUCGGAUCUCAAGGGCAAGGAAAUUAAGCGGGCGGCACUGAACGACCUGUCGGCGUACAUCACACACGGGCGCGGUGUGCUGACGGAGAACGUCUAUCCGGAAAUUAUCAAAAUGAUAUCUGUGAAUCUAUUUCGAACGCUCCCGCCUAGUGAAAAUCCGGACUUCGAUCCGGAGGAGGACGAUCCGACACUCGAAGCGUCCUGGCCCCAUCUGCAGCUGGUGUACGAGGUGUUCCUACGCUUCUUAGAGUCGGCCGACUUUCAGGCGACGUUCGGCAAGAAGGUGAUCGACCAGAAGUUUGUCCUGCAGCUCCUGGAGCUUUUCGAUUCCGAGGAUCCGAGAGAGCGUGAUUUUUUGAAAACCGUAUUGCACCGUAUAUAUGGCAAAUUUUUAGGAUUACGUGCUUUUAUUCGUAAGCAAAUAAAUAACAUAUUUCUACGUUUUAUAUACGAAACGGAACAUUUCAACGGAGUCGGCGAGCUGCUGGAAAUUUUGGGAAGUAUAAUCAACGGCUUCGCCUUGCCGCUCAAAGCGGAGCACAAGCAGUUCCUGGUGAAGGUGCUGCUGCCACUGCACAAGGUGAAGGUGUUAUCACUGUACCACGCUCAGCUCGCGUACUGCGUAGUGCAGUUCCUGGAGAAGGACGCCUCACUGACGGAGCCGGUGGUGCGCGGGCUGCUCAAGUUCUGGCCAAAGACCUGCUCCCAGAAGGAGGUGAUGUUCCUCGGCGAAAUCGAGGAAAUCCUAGACGUGAUCGAACCGCCCCAGUUCGUGAAAAUCCAGGAACCGCUGUUCCGGCAGAUCGCCAAGUGUGUUUCAAGUCCACAUUUUCAGGUGGCCGAACGGGCACUCUACUUCUGGAACAAUGAGUAUGCUAUGUCGCUGAUCGAGGACAACAAUGCCGUCAUUAUGCCGAUCAUGUUCCCAGCACUAUACCGGAUCAGCAAAGAACACUGGAAUCAGACGAUCGUGGCCCUCGUCUACAAUGUGCUGAAAACGUUCAUGGAGAUGAACUCGAAGCUGUUCGACGAACUGACCGCCAGCUACAAGGCGGAACGGCAGAAAGAGAAGAAGCGGGAACGAGAACGAGAAGAAUUGUGGAAGCGACUGCACGAGCUGGAGAGUGCCCGCCGACCGGAUGCACCCGGUGGUGGCCCCGGUAGUCUGAUAGCCGAAGGAACUGGAAAUUCCCUGCCACCCGGUGGUGGUUCGGUUUCUCAGCUAACACCGAAUGCGCUAUCAUCCGCCACAUCCACGUCGUCGUCUUCGUCACCGUCGUCCGUUACAUCCGGUAGCAAUUUGACUGGGCUCGGUGGAGCCUCGUCACAACCACCACCACUCGGUUCGGCCACCAGUCACCAAACAGGCUCUGCGUCAUCCUCCGCCACAACCCCCAAUGCCGCCACCAACAAUGCCGCUGCUGCGUCAUUAAGCAAGUGAUGUACUGAAUAAUACUACUUUUAAAUUCAUCUUCCCUCUUGACAUACCACCUGAUCAUCAUUUCCGACGUCCUCAUCUCGAGCCCGCAUCGCAUCCCGAACAUUCUUUCCUUUGCAUCUGCACACUCACUCACACACAUACACACAUUCACGAACACUCACAAUUCUCGGACACAUGCAAACUCACCUAGGAUGAUAAAAUCAGCACGCAUUGAUUCCGCUAGGAUCCCAAACAAAAAGUCCCUUGCUUUCGGGUUGAAGCACAGGCAAAACGAAAGAAGAUCAGCAAAUUAAUCCCCCAACAUCAUCAUCCUUAGUAAAAAAACAAUUGUUAUAAGAAAUCUGUCAGGCAGAAACCAAUAUUCAAUUGUAUGCUAACGAAAACCAAUAAAAGAAAAACAAUCCUUUUAUAGAGAAGAGCGAAACCUAGUUGCAAUUCGAAUGCAAAUUACGGAAUGGGUAAUACAAAGUAUGUAAAGUUAAUAAACAAUAAAACUUACCUGCUACUA